AUGGAGCAAUCUGUCGACGCGAGCAAUGUAUUUUACCGUCCAGAAUCGGCCGAUUCCUCCCGCAGCCCGAUUGACCAUGUCGCUUCGCCUUCGCGAACAACAAACGGGAAGCGACUAAAAUAUAUCGGGAAAGCAUGCGCCCAGUGUUCCGGGGAGGAGCCCUGUCGCAAUUGUCGCGAUAGAGGGCAGGAAUGCACAUACAUGCCUCAGACCCGGCGAGGCAGGAAGCAAGGGACGAAAAGGAACCUUUCAAGUGGGAGCAAACCACCCUUGCCCGGCACCACCACAAGGAGCGAUCCGUCUGGGGACUGGAAUGAUGAAGCCGAUGCGUACGAUAUACAGGAAUCCCGCCCGAGGAGUGUUUCGUUGUCCUCUCAGCUUCUAUGUCUGCGCGAACUCACGCAGCCACAAGACAAGGGUCGAAAAUGCGCUCCCGCUGGACGAAAGACGCAUGAGGCGCCAGUGUUCUCGGUAGAGCUUCCUCGCCCUGGCAGAUUACAUGCAUUAUUAGAUGUGUACUUUCGUGAUCUGGACUCUUUCUUCCCAUUCAUCAAGCGCGAUGGAACCCAGGCCCAGAUCGAAACAAUACUGCACAGCCUGGGUCAUUCCGACAAUCAGCAUAUUGUCGAUGUGAAGUUAGGGGAGUACUCGAUAAUUGCCCUUCUUUGCAACAUGCUAGCUAUCGCAGAGUCCUUUUGCGCAGAUCGACCCUGGUCAUAUGAAAUACGUCCUGGAUGGUCCCUGUUUCUCCGAGGCCGCAAAUUGAUUCAGCACUGCUCAUCACUGAAGCAUAUUGACAUUCACAUUAUUCAAUACCAUGCCCUCAGCUCCGAAUACCUGAUGGAGUCUGAACUACUCCAAGAAGCAUCAAGAGCUAUUUCGAACGCAGCUCAGCUUGCCAUGCGGACCCGACUCAACGAAGAAAGAGUCUGGAACGCUCUUCCCGAACAGGAAAUCCAGAACCGGAAGAGACUGUGGUGGACAAUAUUUUUCCUUGACCGCAAAAUUUCACAGCGAACAGGAAGUCCAUAUGUCAUUCGCGACACUGAAAUAGCGUUGUCCGAGUUCUCUCAGCACUCAAAUACGAGAACAGAUCGCUAUAUGCAGAUUUUAAUUGAUCUUGGCAAACUAUGGUCUCUGAUCUGGGAUACGUUCUUUGCCGCUGUUGCGCUAAAACCUCAAGACUGGAAGGAAGUGGAACUUAUGGAUACUCGCAUUCUAAUCGUCCAGAGAGAGCUGGCAAGCGAGCUGACAUGGGACACAGAUCUCCUCAAACGAGUGUAUUUGGAGCAACACGAAUCAGAGCCUUACAUCCGCCGGCGGCUCGCCAUUUUUAUUAGAUUGAAUCUUUUACGCCUGACGAUCCGGCAGAAUCCAAUUCAGAAGCGUCAGGACACCCGAGGCCACAGCAUUUGUGUCUCGCUCGCAUCGAUGACUGUGGAUGCCAUUGCUGCCUUUACCAAUAGCUGUCCUAGUGUUAUCCCUUGUGGAUUCUUCUUCAGCACUGCGUUACUGGAGUGUAUCUAUCAUCUCAUCUUGGCUAUGCGUGCAACUCCAACGGAGAAGGAACAUGAAACCAGCAUCCAGUCCUUCCAGCUUGCCUAUCAUCUACUCGAUAGGUUCUCGCAAGCUCUGGAUACAGCCAAGCGAGCCCUUCGAGCCCUGAACUCUGUGGUUUCCCUGGCUGCCAUAACGAACUCACACUCCCUCGAAGGUCGAAGCCCUGAUCUCGAAGCAGAAGAGAAUAGUACCAUAGAUCUGGGCUUCGGUGUCCCCGAGACCAUAGACUUUUUUGACCCUAUGUCGUGGCAAAUUGAUGACAUUCCGUUGGAUGUAGUGGCACUGGUUUCUUCUAUGGGCGAAACGGGAGACAAUAAUGCAAAUGAGGCUGUUGCGAAUGGAAUCUCUGAACAGUCUCCAGCUCCUGAUUUGUGUCUUUGGAAUUGUGAAUACGGCAUUGAUCCUAGCUCUAUCAACCUAUAA